AUUGAUUUGCAAGCAUUUACUGUUCAUUUAAGAUUGCCAAAAGCUGGAGAAAAGAAUAUUUUUAUUACUUCAGCAUUGCCCUAUGUGAACAAUGUUCCCCACUUGGGCAAUAUUAUUGGAUGUGUCUUGUCGGCUGAUGUGUUGCAAGAUUUUCGCGGUUGUGCAACAAUAACAUUGUUCAUUUGUGGUACUGAUGAGUAUGGUACGGCAACUGAGACGAAAGCUUUGGAGGAAGGCUUGUCGUGUCAAGCUAUUUGCGACAAAUACUUCAAAAUUCACAAGGAGAUUUAUGAAUGGUUUAACAUCAGUUUUGAUCACUUUGGAAGAACAUCCAAUCCAGAACAAACAGAGUUAUCUCAAGAUCUAUUCCUGCAACUAAAUAACAACGGAUUUAUGUUUACCCAGUCGGUGGAACAGUUGCACUGCGAAAGCUGCGAUCGCUAUCUCGCCGAUAGAUUUGUUGAAGGCGGUUGCCCAAACAUCGGUUGCAACUAUGAAGAUGCUCGGGGCGAUCAGUGCGACGGUUGCGGCAAACUAGUCAACGCCAUCGAGCUGAAAAAUCCCCGAUGUAAAGUUUGUGGGAAAACUCCAGUAUUGAAGACGUCUAGUCAGUUUUUUAUUGACUUGCCUAAGCUGGAACCAUUAUUACGUCACUGGAUGAAAAUUUCUAGUCCUGGCUGGUCCCACAACGCCGACGUCAUUGCUAAAUCUUGGUUAAAAGAAGGUUUAAAACCUCGAUGUAUCACCAGAGAUUUAAAAUGGGGUGUUCCCGUUCCCUUAGAUGGAUUCAGGAAUAAGGUCUUCUAUGUAUGGUUUGAUGCCCCAAUUGGGUACAUUUCUAUAAGUAAAGCCUACACAAAGGACUUUGAACAAUGGUGGAGACCCGCACCAGACGCGAAAGUCACCCUGUAUCAAUUUAUGGCUAAAGACAACGUUCCCUUCCAUGGAGUUCUUUUCCCAUCUAUGUUGUUAGGCGCUAAUAGGGGAUAUGUUACUGUGUCACAUAUUAUGGCAACAGAGUACUUAAAUUACGAGGAUGGCAAAUUUUCGAAAUCUCGUGGAGUCGGAGUAUUUGGCAACGACGCUCGCGAUACGGGCAUCCCCAGUGACGUGUGGCGUUUCUACUUGUUGUACGUUAGACCCGAGUCCCAAGAUUCCAGUUUUAGUUGGAGUGAUUUAGUCACCAAGAACAACUCCGAAUUGUUAAAUAACCUUGGCAAUUUUAUCAACAGAGCUCUCGUUUUCGCUAAAAACAACUUCAACAAAACGAUCCCAAAGAUGGAAUUGGAUCAAGAAGACUACAAUUUACUAGCUCUUUGUACGCGCGAAUUAAAAGGCUACGUCGCUUCCUUGGAAAAGGCUAAAUUAAGAGAUGGCAUCCGACAUAUUUUAGCCAUAUCCAAAUUAGGCAACCAGUACAUGCAGUCGAAUCAACCGUGGGUGAAAUUGAAGGGAGAUCAUAAAGAAAAGUUGAGAGCAGGAACUGUUAUAGGAAUGAGCUGUAAUAUUGCUUGCUUAUUGACGACACUCUUGGAACCGUAUAUGCCAGAUACUAGUGCAAAUUUGAAGGCUCAGUUGAAAUGUGACAACGUUGUACUAGAUCCAGAAAACGUCGAAAUAAUAAACUUGCUUCCUGCCGGUCAUCAAAUAGGCGAGCCUUCACCUCUGUUCGCUAAAAUCGAGCCUUCGCGAGUUGACGAAUUGAAAAAGAGAUUUGCCGGCACACAAGUCGAGAGGAACGGUAUUGCAAAGACCGCUGUGAGUGCCGAUGUAGCGACUUUGGAAGCCCAAAUUGCCAAACAGGCUGAUAAAGUGAGAGCUUUGAAAUCCAGCGCAGCGGACAAGACCAUUUGGCAACCGGAAGUAAAAAUCUUGUUGGAUUUGAAGGCCAAAUUAGAAGCUGCCAAGAAAGCAGCUACACCUGCACCUCCUGCAGAUAAGCCUCUGGUUAAUGGAGUUGCUGGUAAUGGUCAAGAAAUCAAAGCCUUAGAAGCAGCGGUAACUGAACAGGGUUUGGUGGUGAGAAAACUGAAGGAAGGCGGGACUGACAAAUCCGUUUGGCAGCCCGAGGUCCAAAAGCUGUUGUCGCUCAAAAAUCAACUAGCCAGCGCCACGGGAACUCCAGUUCAACCGGCAAAAGGGCAAAGAAAAGUAAAAAAGUAAGAUUAAGUACUAAUAUAUCUCGAAAGGUUGUCUUACUUUCUAGUAGUUUAAAUAUACCUUUUCGACGUAAAAUUGCGUAACUUGUUUUUAUAAUUUAUG